UGUUGGCAACAACAACGCCCUUUCUUGAUCGUACGUUGCGACAUAUAAAACCCCAAACGUUCGCAUCCUUUUCACUCUCAAAAUCCAGCAAACUUUUACAUCUUCUUCAUUCUGUUACUGUUGGUAAAAAACAACAACAACAAAUGGAUACAGCGAGAAAGCCCACUUUCAAUGCCAAUAAUAACCAAUGCCUCUCCGCCAAGCUCAUCUUCUCGGCCGCUGCAUCAGUUGCCACCACCGCCAUGUUGAUUCGAUCAGUCGCCAAAGAUUUCGUUCCUCUAGAGCUCCGAGACUACAUCUUCUUCAAAAUCAAGAAUCUCAUCCUCUCUUUCCGUUCGGAAAUCACGUUGGUCAUCGAAGAAUUCGAUGGUCUCAACGAGAACCUUCUUUACAAGGCCGCAGAACUCUAUCUCGAGCCUACCAUCCCUCCCGACACCAAGAGAAUCAAGCUAGCCCUGCCCAAAAGGCAAGGCAAGAUUUCAUUUUCUCUUGAAAGCAAUGAAGAAAUCGUUGAUAACUUCAAUGGGGUUCAAGUGAAAUGGAGGUUAGUCUCAAAAAAUUUCCCUCCCAAGAACAUCCCAGGGUCUGAUCCUUACAACCCUUUGUUGCUUACAACUGAGGCUCGGUUCUUCGAGCUAAGUUUCCACAAGAAGCAUAAAGAAACGAUCUUGAACAAUUAUAUGCAGCAUAUAUUGGAGAUCUCAAAAGAUUUGGAAGAGAAAAAGAAGACCUUGAAGUUAUUUACCUUGAAACCUGAUAGGUAUAGUGGAAGAAUUGGGGAUAUGUGGCAGGCCCUGAAUCUUGAUCAUCCGGCUACUUUCCAAACCCUGGCAAUGGAUUCAGAUUUGAAGAGGAAAAUAAUGCUGGAUUUGGAUAGGUUUAUGAAAAGAAAAGAGUAUUAUAAGAGGGUAGGCAAGGCUUGGAAAAGAGGGUAUUUGUUGUUUGGUCCUCCUGGUACAGGAAAGUCGAGCUUGAUUGCUGCCAUGGCCAACUAUCUUAACUUCGAUGUAUACGAUUUGGAGUUGACUGAAAUCAAAGGGGACUCAGAGCUGAGGAAGUUGCUGAUUUCAACUGGGAAUAAAUCCAUCAUUGUUGUGGAAGAUAUUGAUUGUUCAUUGGAAUUUCAGGACAGACUCGCUCAAACCCGGGCUAUGAUGCCACAAGGUCUUCAUCGACAUAUGCAAGUACCUCAGCAGAUGACACUGUCAGGAUUGCUCAACUUCAUAGAUGGCUUAUGGUCGAGCUGCGGGGAUGAAAGGAUUAUAGUUUUCACAACCAACCACAAGGACCGGCUUGAUCCGGCUUUGCUACGCCCUGGUCGAAUCGAUGUGCAAAUCCACAUGUCUUACAUCACGCCUUGUGGGUUCAAAAUGCUGGCUUCCAAUUACCUGGGGAUAACGGAGCACCCACAGUUGUUGGAGAUCGAGGAACUACUGAAGACAACCAAGGUGACCCCUGCAGAAGUGGGGGAGCUGUUGAUGAAAGAUGAGGGGACCGAAAAAGUGUUACAGGGUCUGAUCCAGUUUCUCCAAACCCCGCUAAGCGAUGCAGCUGCUGAACCGCAACCGGGCAUGUCCCAGCAGUAGGGGGAAAAGGUUGGAAGAGAUCUCUUUCUGUGAAUUGGUGAGAAAUGAGAUUUGGGACAGUGAAGACAUGCUAUAGUCUAAUAUAGUAAUAAAUAAUACGAGGUUGUUUGUUGAUGACUGUGUUAGUUUGUUUUUUCUGGAUAAUAUGGAUUGGAGAUGAUGGGAUCUGGGUUUAGCAUGAAAGCUUGUUUAAUAUGAAACAACUUUUUGAGCUUAUGAUUUUCAUAUAUGAAUGUUUUGGUAGUGCUUAAA